UCGAAAAGAUAGAACUCGUAUCGAACAAACAAACGAUAUUACAUCGCGCGCGACGAUUAGUUAAAAGUUCGCGGUCAAAGUGAAACUAGUUCGUGAAUGUUCGUACAGUCUCGGAAACGAUCAAACAUUUCCUGCGCAAGGAUCAGUAGAGUGUUAUAUCGGUGACCAGUCCGAAUCCAUCCCUUCAAGGGAGCGUUUUAUUCGGCGUGAUUCUCCAUUUCUCGUGAAAUUUAACCUUUAGGCCAGUGUUAGAAUACCAAACGCAAGAUGCUCGCUAACAAGUGUCAAACUGCGCUCUUUACUCGAAAAUUUUCACGGCAGUUAUUCAAAGGGUAUGCAAUAUCUUGGAAGAGAUGCUUGACCGUAUCCGUAGAGGAACCAAAAAAGCCUAUGGUAACAACAGAAAUACCAGGACCUCGAUCUCGUAGUUUAUUGCAGGAACUCACCUCGAUGCAACAAGCCUCUUCCGUACAAUUCUUCGCAGACUACGAAAAAUCAGUAGGUAACUAUAUAAUGGACGUCGAUGGGAAUAUUCUGCUUGAUGUUUAUAUGCAAAUUUCGUCGAUGCCUCUGGGCUACAAUCAUCCAGCUAUGUUAAAAGUUCUCGCUGAUCCGGUUAAUCAGAAAAUUAUAGCAAAUAGGCCUGCGUUAGGUGUUUUUCCUGGAAAGGAUUGGCCAGAUAAACUGAGGAAAAUUUUGCUACAUAAAGAGAUUGCCCCACCAGGAUUGUCUCAUAUUACAACUAUGAUGUGUGGCUCUUGUUCGAAUGAAAAUGCAUUUAAAACAAUUUUUAUUUGGUAUGCUGAAAAACAAAGGGAAGGUGUUCCGUUCACGAGAGAGGAAAUGGAAAGUUGUAUGAUAAAUCAAGCACCUGGUGCUCCGCGAUUUUCGAUACUUUCGUUUAAAGGUGCAUUUCAUGGACGAACAUUGGGAUCUCUUUCAACAACGCACAGCAAAUACAUUCAUAAAAUAGAUAUUCCAGCGUUUGAUUGGCCCACCGCGUCAUUUCCUGUAUAUAAAUAUCCCUUGAAUGAAAAUAUUCGAGAAAAUCAGCAAGAAGAUAAUCGAUGUCUAGCCGAAGUAGAGGAAUUAUUCGAAAAGUACAAAACUGAGAAGAAAAUUCCAGUUGCUGGAGUAAUAGUUGAACCAAUUCAGGCGGAAGGAGGUGAUAAUCACGCAUCUCCUGAAUUUUUUCAAGAAUUACAGCGUAUAACAAAAAAACACGGUGCGGCAUUAUUAAUCGAUGAAGUACAAACUGGGGGCGGGCCAACAGGAAAAAUGUGGUGUCACGAACAUUUCAAUCUAGAAUCUCCUCCAGAUUUGGUGACCUUUAGUAAGAAAAUGCAGUUGGGCGGCUAUUACCAUGUCGAAUCUUUAAAACCUAAGCAAUCCUACCGUGUAUUCAACACCUGGAUGGGAGAUCCCAGCAAAAUGAUAUUACUCGAAGCAAUAUUAGAGACGAUAAGGAAGGAAAAUCUUUUGCAUAGGGUUACAACUGUUGGUGAUUAUAUGCUAAAACAAUUGACGAGUUUGCAAAGUGAAUUUUCCACGAUGAUUAAUUCGAUACGUGGACGUGGAACGUUCAUUGCAUUUAACUGCUCUUCGCCUCAAUUACGAGAUACGAUAAUUAAGAAACUUUUAAACAAAGGUAUUCAAACCGGUGGCUGUGGUACUGCGACGAUAAGAUUAAGACCUGCCUUGACAUUUACGGAACAUCAUGCGAAUAUAUUCUUAGAUACUCUGCGAUCUAUAUUAAAACAAUAAUGGAUUUAAACUGAAACUGUUAAAUGAUCCUAUAUGCUUCCUGUUGGAAUGCAAAAUCUUUGUGGCUUCCAAAAUCAAGUCUUCCAUUAAAAGAGAUUAUACGUAUAAUUUUAAUAUACUUAUACACAGUAUAUCAGAAAAUAUGUAUGAAAUACAUAUUUA